AUGUCUUUGAAAGUCAUCUGUAGGCAGGGCAUCUUUUGUCUCUUCAUUUUCAUCAACUCGGUUUCAUUCUUUGCUCAUCCAACUUCAUUUAGCUUCUACCCUGGUACAGAAGACAUACUCUACGAAGGCGAUGCCACGAUGAACUCUGGAUACGUUGAAUUCAACCCACAAUUUGACAUAUUUCGUGUAGGGCGGUGUAGUUAUGCGAAACCUUUCCACCUUUGGGACUCUACUACAGCUCGGCUGUCACACUUCGAAACCAACUUCACAUUCAUGAUAGACACUAACGGCGACAAACAAUUCAGUGAUGGAUUUGCCUUUUUCCUUGCACCUUUUGGCUAUCCAAUCCCGCCUAACUCAGCCGGUGGUGAUCUAGGAAUGUUCAAUAUCACCAAUCAAUUCCAGACAUCCCAAAACAAAGUUGUCCUGGUUGAGUUUGAUACCUACUCAAACGAUUGGGAUCCUAAGGGACCUCAUGUUGGGAUUAAUAUAAAUAGUCUUUCAUCGGUCGUCAAUGCUAGUUGGGAUUUUAACAUCAGUAAAUCAAGAAAGGUGAUAUCUGCAAAAGUUACUUACAAUGCUACCACCUACAUGCUCACUUUGUUUUGGACAUACAAUGAAGCUACGAGGUAUGAUCAUUCUCUUCCUUUCAAAAUCGACUUACGUGAUGUUCUCCCCGAACAGGUUGCGAUUGGUUUCUCAGCUGCUACUGGAACAUUCCCCGAAAACCUUAUUAUAUUAACUUGGGAGUUCACGUCAGUUUCAGAUUCUUUUGAUGAUAUAAGAAGGAAAGGGAAUAAGCGUGCAAUGUUCUUGAUAGCGGGGAUGACUGCAGUUACGUUCAUCGUUAUAAUGUUUGGUGUGGGCUUAUAUUGGUCAAUGGUAAAGAAGCGCAAAACAAAGAUCAAGGAAUAUGAAAAUGUUUACUCCAAUGCUGCAGUGCCCUCUAUAAGUAAGCAUCUCGAAACGCUAGCCUUUCCAAGACGAUUUUCUUACCAAGAAUUAGUUGCAGCUACCUUUGGCUUUGCAAAUGACAGACGGCUAGGCCAUGGUGGGUCAGGACAAGUUUAUAGAGGAGUCCUACAAGAUCUAGGCUGCUUGGUUGCGGUGAAGAGAAUAUUUGCCGGCUCUGAGCAUUAUGAGAAAGUUUUCAUCAAUGAAGUGAAAAUCAUAAGCCGCUUGAUACAUAAAAACUUGGUGAUGUUUAUAGGAUGGUGUCAUGAGCAAGGCGAAUGUUUAGUUGUUUAUGCUUACAUGCCUAAUGGCAGCCUUGAUGCGCAUCUAUUUGGCCCCAGAACAACAUUGCAAUGGGACAUCAGGUACAGAAUAGCUUUGGGAUUGGCCUCGGCGCUACAUUAUCUACACGAAGAUGCAGACCAGUGCAUCCUCCAUAGGGAUAUUAAAUCAGGAAAUGUACUAUUGGACAACGAUUUUAACACUAAGCUUGGUGAUUUUGGGAUUGCUAAACAUUUGGAUCCUAAUUUGAGGACUAGGACAACCGGGGUGGCAGGGACUUUUGGCUACAUGGCUCCGGAAUAUGCUUUUCAAGGGAGAGCAAGCAAGGAGUCGGACAUGUUCAGUUUUGGAGUGGUGGCUUUGGAAAUUGCUUGUGGAAGGCAGACUUACCUAGAUGGCGAAUAUCACAUCCCACUGUCCGAGUGGGUUUGGCAGUCGUACCUAGCAGAAAAACUUAUCGAUGUAGCUGAUGAGAGAUUGGAUAUGAAGUUUGAUCCAAGUGAAAUGAAGUGCUUGCUAAUUGUGGGAUUAUGGUGCACUCACCCAAGCAACAAGGAGAGGCCUAAAGCAGGACAGGUGAUGAAGGUUCUUCAACAUGAAGCGGCACUGCCGCAACUUGCACGUGAUAGGCAUCAUGAUCAUCAUCAAUAUAAUGACUCUGUACUACCUGAUCCGGUAACAAUCUUGUAG